GGCAUCAUAUCCCUCAUUCGAAGAUCAGUCAGGUUCUCUCUAUUUCCCCAAUUGAUAUAAAAAUCUGUUCCACUUCCACCAAGGCACCAUCAUUUAUCAAAUUAAAUCAAACUCACCAAUUAGCAAUUUGACACAUUCCAAGACUGCCCCGAAAUUCUAAAUUGCCUCUUCGAUUAUGCAGCACAUUCUACCCUUUGGAUUUCAAUGCUCAUUUACAUUUCAAUAUGCUGAUUAUUAUAAUUCAAAACCUAAAAUUCAAACAAAUAAAAUAUUUCUUCUCAUUUUUGGAACCCAACUAUUCUAAAUGUGGAGAAAAGUUCUUCCUAGUUCAUUAGAACGAGAAGAAACAUUCACAGACAUUCUCAAAAGUCCAUCAAUGAAGUCCUUAUUUACCUGUUUCAAGUCCUUCAUCUCAAAACAUUUUCUUCGCUCCACCCGAAGAGACCCACUUCUAAUCCUCGAUCGCUUUCACUGGAAUCACAAUACCCGGGGUCAUCACCUAUUUCUGCUAGAUGUCAAAAGAAAAAAGCUCAAACAACUUCACAUUCCAAGAGUCACAGAUUCUGACAUGGAUUUUAAGAUGGUGGGUUCAUGUAACGGUUUACUUUGCAUCAUUCAUUAUUCUUUGGACCCAGACUCCACCAUUUUUCUUUGGAACCCAGCUACAAGGCAAACCAAACGGAUCCUAGAGCCACAAAACGCUUUGCUAACUUAUAAUGUGCCACCACAUUGUCUCAUAGGCUUCUAUUUCAACAACAUUGACAGUGAUUAUCAUGUGGUAAGGGUUCACUCUUUUGAGGACACAAACAAUGCAUGCUUGGAUGAUUCUCUCUCCAAAAUUUGUGCUCUUCGAGCGGAAAAGUACUCUCAACGUACAGGGUUGUGGAGAGAAAUCAAAUUUGGUAAUAAUAAUGAGAGUGUAACUGUGAAUGGAUGUUUGUUUUGGACUGAGAAUAGUGUGACAUUGGAGGAAACUUUGUUUUGGGUUGCUAUGGAGGUAAGUGACAAGGUUAGUCACGAAAUGAUUAUUUCUUUUAAUACAUGCAACAAUGUGAUAAGGAAGAUUGAGUUGCCUUGCUUUGUUAAGGAUUGUGCUGAAGUUCAUAAGAAACUUGUAGUGUACAAGGAUUUAGUUGCAGUUAUUAUUUGCUCAGAAACUGAAACUAUGGCACAACGCUUAGAUUUGUGGGGUUUUUAUGAUAAGUACGAAGGUAUAGAGUGUUGGUGGAAGUUACAGACGAUAGGAAUGUUUUCGAGAUUAGAGCGUCCAGUUGGUAUUUUUAAAAAUGAAAUUCUUAUGUCAACGGAUAAGGUAAUACAUAGUGUUAGUGGAACCAUAGCUUUGCUUCCCGAAGAUGAUUUUGGAGCUGAAUUUUCCUAUAACGUCUUCAAUCAUGUAGGGAAAUGGAGAUUCGACACUUCAUACGGUGGAAAUGUGGUUGUGGAGGAAGAUGGUCCCGUUGAAAACGAAGGAUUCUCAUCGCAUGAUUUGUUCAUCAGUAACAUCAACAAGUUAAGCAUCGAUUGA